UACUAAUCUUGUACACAUUAAAAUUUAAGGGCUGGAUUGCUACAAAACUCAAAAGUACAAUAACUAAAACCCUCUUUGGUAACAAUUUUAUUAUUAGUUUUCUAUUUCUUGAAAUGUAUGUUUGUAUUCUCUAACUAUUUCUAUAACGGUUUUCACGUACUACUUAAAAGAACAUUUAAACUCUUAGUUAAUUUCUAAAAAUAAAAGCAAGUUAUUGGAAACUACUUAGGUCGUUUUAAUUUUUAAAAUUUCACAUGGUUUUGGAAAUAUUUGUAGAAAGGUGAGAGCAAACAUAUAAACUUAUAUGUAGAAGAAGCAUUAUUUAAGUUUAAUUUUUAAAAAUUAGAAACAAAAAAUAUAGAUACUAAACUGGACUUAAAUUUGUUGAAAAUUAAACAUGUUUUAAUUAGAUAAGUUAUAAAUGAAUUAAAAGAUGUAAGUUAAUUAGGUAUAUUAAUUGAUGAAAGUUGGUAAGGUCAUGUCUUGGAGAGGAGUAAGAUACACUAGUAAAUUAAAUAUACGACUUUAAAGGUUCUUUUAUGUGUUUAAUUAAGGUGAGAGUUAUAAAUUUAGACUUGUCCAUGAUAAUCCUAUAAAUAGAAUUGAUAUUUUGUAUUGAAAUGGCAACCACGAUGUGUAGAGAAGAGCACCCAAAGGGAGUUCAAUUAAAAGUGUGAAUCAAAUUUGAAGAGUCUUUCAAAUAAAAGUGAUUUUGUUUCCUAUCAAAUAUCUUUUGUUGGUUAUUUAUUUAUGAGUUUCCACCACACCCAUCAGAAAAAAUUAUCACAAGCCAAAGUUAAAGACCUUGUUACUUCUAUGGGGAUGGAAGACAAAAAAAAUUAUUAAUUUAAAAUUUUCAAUUAAUUUGGGGUUUAAUCUUAUUUAUUGGUUCACAGAUUCAAGCUAUUUGACAGAUGGAUAUCUAGAAAGAACUAUAGAAUGGAUCGAGGGAAUGAAGAAUAUACGUUUGAGGGAUAUUCCUACUUUUAUUAGAACAACAGAUCCAAAUGAUAUCAUGCUAAAUUUUAUUCUUCAGAAGAUAAAACAAUGUAGAGAAGCUUCUGCAAUUAUAUUGAACACAUUCGAUACACUUGAAGAGCACGUAUUAAAGGCUCUCUCUUCCAUCAAUUCUCUUAUUUACACAAUUGGUCCCCUUCACUUACUUGUCAAGCAAAUUGAAGAUGAGAAACAAAGAGCAAUAGGGUCUAAUCUUUGGGUGGAGGAUUUUGAAUGCAUUGAAUGGUUGAAUUCAAAGGAACCAAAUUCUGUGGUUUAUGUAAACUUUGGUAGUAUCACAGUUAUGACAUCACAUCAAUUAAUUGAGUUUGCUUGGGGAUUAGCAAAUAGCAAGAAGCCAUUUCUAUGGAUUACUAGGCCUGAUUUAGUUGUGGGAGAUUCAGCCAUUUUGCCACAUGAAUUUGUAACACAAACCAAAGAUAGAAGCUUGAUAGCAAGUUGGUGUUGUCAAGAACAAGUGUUGAACCAUUCUUCAAUUGGAGGGUUUUUAACACAUAGUGGAUGGAAUUCAACACUUGAAAGUAUAUGUGCUGGAGUUCCAAUGAUUUCAUGGCCUUUCUUUGCUGAACAACAAACAAACUGUCAUUAUUGUUGCAGUGAAUGGGGGAUUGGAAUGGAAAUUGAUAACAAUGUGAAAAGAAAUGAAGUUGAGAAGCUUGUGAGAGAGUUAAUGGAUGGAGAAAAGGGUAAGCAAAUGAAGGAGAAUGUUAUGAAUUUGAAGAGUAAAGCUGAAGAAGCAUAUGAAGUUGGUGGUUUUGCUUGGAAACAACUGGAUAAAUUGAUUAAGGAAGUUCUUCUAUCAAAAGUGAUGUGAUUUCAUUGUACCAUUCUAAAUUAAUAAAUGGGUUCUAGGUUGUUUCCUUGUAACUUGCUGUAUUUACAUAAAUAUAUAGAUACUUUAGUUAAAUGGUUUAUAUUUCAAGACUUUAUGAAUGUAUCAGAACUUUUCAUGAUCUAUAUUAUUAAGGAACCUCUGUAGUACCUUGGGACAAACCACA